CGCUGCCGCACAGAAGUAUGAGAUGGUGUUUGCCUCUCGCCUUCUCCAGACCGCGGCGCUGCCGCUCAUCACCACCACACCCCUCCGCGCAUACGCACUCGCGCUCACUGCUCACCUCGUGGACACUGCCCGUGCGGCUGCAAAGGCGCACCUUGCGCACACACUUGCGCACGAGGUGUGUCCCCCAGAGCUCGAAGACCUCAGCGUGGGCGCGUACCACCGCCUCAUCGCAUACCGCGCGAAGUGCUCCGCUGCAUUGCGCACGAAAUGCAAAUGGCCAGAAGCCACAGGUGCACCCAGUGUUCUUAGGAUGAGUGAGUUGGGUGAAUGGACUUGGUUUGCGUGUCGGGCAUGCGUCAAACAUCGAGGUUCAGACUGGUCUUGCCGCAAGCUGUACUGUGGGUGUGCCGCACCAUGGUUCCAGACGUUCUGGGACGGGCUGCUGAUGGCGCUGUGCAUGACACCGCACCAGGAUACGCUGGACAAGCUCGAGAGUCGUCUGUUGUACCGGCUGUAUGAAGGAGCGGGGGGAUGCUCGACGUGCAAAGCAGUCGUAGUGGAGCAAAUUGGGAUGUUAAUGAUUGUACUGAAGCAGGCGGUCGAUGCAGUUGUUUCGGAGGUUAUAUUGAGUGUGCUUUAGGCGGCAUCGUGAAUGGUCUAAGUACAUAUUUGGGUGUAUCAAACACUGUUGUCAUUUCGUCUAUUCUUUGCUCCCAUCCUGUGCCCGCACCGCAAGAUACGAAUGUAUGAUAAGUCAGAUUUCCAUGGAUAUGGCGAUGUUGCUUGUUGCUCGA